AUGCCUGCAUCUCUUGCUUCUUCCUCUUCUUCUCCUCCUUGGACUAUUAAUCCUAAACUCCCUAAACACUCUCCCUCCCCUCAUUCCCCUUCCUAUCUCAAGUUCAACGCAACUUGCUCCCUCCAAACACUCCAAUUCCCCGACCACUUCCAUCAACAGUCGCCUCCUGCUCACAACCUUCUUCAGAGGGCCGCGUCUUUGGCUCUGGACGCUGUGGAAUCAGCCUUGCUUUCCCACGAGCGCCAUCACCCGCUUCCCAAAACUGCCGACCCCAGAGUCCAAAUCUCCGGCAACUUUGCGCCCGUGCCGGAGAACCCCAUCCACCACUCCCUCCCCGUCGCUGGCAUUAUCCCCUCUUGCAUUCGUGGCGUUUACCUCCGUAAUGGCGCCAAUCCACUUCACGAGCCAGUCGCUGGUCACCAUUUUUUUGACGGCGAUGGCAUGGUCCACGCCGUUCAAUUGAAAGACGGCUCUGCCAGCUAUGCUUGCAGAUUCACCCAAACACACCGUCUCGUCCAGGAAAAAGCUUUGGGUCGCCCGGUGUUCCCCAAAGCAAUCGGUGAGCUUCAUGGUCACUCUGGCAUCGCUCGUCUCCUUCUGUUCUACGCUCGUGGGCUCUUCGGCCUCGUCGACGGAAGCCAUGGAAUGGGUGUGGCAAACGCCGGAUUGGUGUAUUUCAACAAUCAUCUUCUCGCUAUGUCCGAAGAUGAUUUGCCUUACCAUGUUCGAGUCACCCCCAGUGGAGACCUCAAGACCGUCAGUCGUUACGAUUUCGAUGGGCAGUUAAAAUCGACAAUGAUUGCGCACCCAAAAGUGGACCCUGUCACCGGAGAUCUCUUCGCUCUGAGCUAUGAUGUCGUCAAGAAACCAUACUUGAAGUACUUCCGCGUCUCCCCAGACGGUGAAAAAUCCCCCGACGUUCCUAUUAAUCUCUCCGAGCCCACUAUGAUGCAUGACUUCGCUAUAACGGAGAGGUUCGUGGUAAUCCCAGAUCAGCAGGUGGUGUUCAAGCUUUCUGAGAUGAUUCGGGGCGGCUCUCCGGUGAUAUAUGAUAAGAAAAAGAUGUCCCGAUUUGGGAUUUUGGACAAGAAUGCAAGCGAUGCGUCAGGGGUGAGAUGGGUCGAAGCUCCUGAUUGCUUCUGUUUUCAUCUCUGGAAUGCGUGGGAAGAGCCAGAGAGUGAUGAGGUUGUGGUGAUCGGGUCUUGCAUGACACCAGCGGAUUCCAUUUUCAAUGAAUGUGACGAGAGUUUGAGGAGUGUUCUCUGCGAAAUUCGAUUGAACUGGAAGACCGGCAAGUCGACGCGCCGACCCAUUAUUUCGGAAGCAGAGCAGGUGAAUUUAGAAGCCGGAAUGGUGAAUAAGAACAAGCUUGGGAGGAAGACGAGGUAUGCGUACUUGGCACUUGCGGAGCCGUGGCCUAAAGUUUCAGGCUUUGCCAAAGUGGACCUUUUAACCGGAGAGAUUGAGAAGUAUGUCUACGGCGACCAAAGAUUCGGAGGGGAGCCUCUGUUUCUUCCCAGAGACCAACAUUCAGAAAGAGAAGAUGACGGGUAUAUCCUAACAUUCGUGCAUGAUGAGAAGGAGUGGAAGUCAGAACUGCGAAUUGUGAAUGCCAUGAAUUUGAAGUUAGAAGCUUCCAUUAAGCUUCCUUCCAGAGUUCCAUAUGGUUUCCACGGAACAUUCAUACAUGCACAGGAUUUGAAGAAGCAGGCCUGAGGCUAAUUAAGUACAGCGGAGGAGAUACAACGAGGGAUGCUUGCAGAUACAUAGAUGUGUCCCCGGAAUCUCUUCCUCCAUAUUUUCCAUUUAUUUUGUGGAUUGGGGUCUGAUUCAAGUGAGAGGAUUUGGAGACCAGC